CCCAUACUUAAUAGUAGGUAUACCUAAUUACAUCAUAAGUCUGCAAUGUCCGCAUCAGUAGGGGCAAUAAGCCACUGUGUUUGGACAAGUAUUGUAGUGAGGCGUGUGGCAUAAACGUUAAGGACAUCAACGCCUCAAAGUGCGAGAAUUCAUGGUUCAUUGAGCAAACUUAUACCUUAUAGUGUAGGUUGUUUGUUUUGAAAAGUGAGGAUUUUGGAGUAAUAACAUUGGUAGAACGAAUUCAUUCGAUAAGUAUGAAGGGAUGUAUGUAGAGGUGCGAUAAAUACCUCACAGAUGAGACAACAACUUUACAAAGGAGUAAAUAAGCAAUGUAGUCUGUCAUAGAUGCAUUUGGGUUCGCCUCCAUCACAAACGAGUGCGUUGGGGUAGUUCCUGAGCAAUAUACUUGAAUGGUUGCCUGGCUGUUACACAAAAAUAAACACAGGAUAUCCUAAAAGAUGGCUUCCAGUGCUCUGGAGGAAAAGAUUGAGAAAAUCAGAUUGCAAAAUGAGAAAAUUCGGCAGAGAUACGAGGAAGUAGAAGCUGAUAAGAAAAAUGCGGCAAAAUUAAAUGCUCUAGUUCAGUUAGUUCCGUCGGACGACUGGCCGGAAAGAAAAGAACCUCCUGAGUUCUUAGUUGCACCAAAAAGUUCUCAGAAACUGAAACCCAGUAAGGAUCACAGUGACAGACAAGCUCCCCAACAUCAUGUGGCAGUUCCAGAUAGAUCAUCCAAGAAAGAUCAUAAAUUUCCUCAGGGCAAAGGACCUCCACCAGACCCAAAAUAUAAUUUUUUAGCAGAUUCAGAAAGGGAAACUCGUGCAGCAGAUGAAGGUAAAAAUGAAGAUGAUAAAAGCAAAUCUAGAAAUAAAACACCUCGUGGAUCUACCAGACGAAGAGGUGGUGGCAAUGGUGCAGGAAAUGGAAAUCAACCAUUUUUCAAAGAUAAUCGUGGUCCACAUGCUUUUCACAGUAAAAGUGAAUCUUUACCUGAAUACGAAGCAUGGAGAGCGGAACGCGAUAGGAUUGAUGAAGCACGUAUCAACAGGCAGAAAACAGCUGAAGGCAACUGGCGGAGGGAGUGGGAUGUUAAUAAGGUAAAUGUUGAAAAAGCAUCAGAAACUGUGCAAAAAGUAGACUCCAAUCGUAAAGAUUACGAUAGAAGGAACAAUUAUUACGAAAAUGAUUACUCAACUCGAGGACAUGGUGGAGGUAGAAAUCACGGUUUGCAAAAGAAUCAUGGUAAUCAAGAUCAUCGUCGUCCAUAUCAUGAUUACAAUCAAUCGUACGAAUACAAAAGACAACCUGACAGUACAUUCUCUCUUUCUGAUGAUAGAAUGAUAGGCUCUGCUACUGAUCAAAGUGUCAAAGUAUCAGCAAAUCCUAUGAAUCAAGUGAAGGGUCCAGUUAUGAGCGUUAAAGUGAGUUCACCUAGCAUCGCAGGAACUGGUAGAGUUGGUCCCCGUCAAAAGAGCCGUGUUACUUACAGCAGCCAAUCCGACGCCGAAAUGAGUCUUCAUGAGCCUAAAAAUGUUCCUCGACCAAAGUCUUUUGACGAUAAAACAGCAGCAAUGAGUUUUACUACAGUUGGACCAUCACAAAAAACAACUCCAAAGAGUCCUUUCAUGCAGCGAAAAAAAGAAGGUAACACAAAAUCUCCCUAUCUACAAAGAAAAGAACUCCGAGGUGAAGAUCAAUCCACCCAUCCCAAGAAUCCAAUGAAAAGCUUGAAUUCCCCGAAAAACGAGCCUAAAGAUCAGAGGCCAAAUCAUCAUACCCCUAAGCCUCCACGAGUGCAAAGACGGGUAACUCAAAAACCUGUUACAGAAACGGCGCAAAGUGUUCCUAAUAGCUCUGAUAACGCGAUACCUUCUGAAUAUAUUCCUAGUAAAUCGUUUAAUAGUGAAAAUGUUGCUGAGCAAAAACCUAUUAUUGAUGAUGAUAAUGCAAUAAUUGCUGAUGAAUGUAACCAAUUCAAUGUUGAAUUAACUGAUAAAUCUAAGAGUUCAGAUGAUUGUAUUCAAAUUGUUAAACCUGUUGAUCAAAGUAUGUGCAAUAAUUAUGUUGAAAAUUGCAAUGUUGAAGUUAAUAAUGAUAAGGUUAAUCAAAUCAACGAAAGUGAUGGAGUCAAUUCUGAAACUGAUAGUAGCACUCAAAAUAUUGAAGAAAUCCGUGAAAUUUGUGAAACUGUUAAAACUAAUCAAGAUGGUGUGGCUUGUCAAGGUAAAAAUGAUAAAAGCAUUGAUGAGAAAGAAAUGGAAAUUAGUUCCUCCGACGAUACAGUAGUAACCAAACCUGAACAGAUAAGUGAAGAAGAGUCACACGAACUAGUUAUAAAUGAGGGUACUCUGUCAGAAAACCAAAAUGAAAUCGUUAGUGUUGAAGAAAACACAGAACCAGUCGUCCCACGUGAAGAACUUCACUCUUUAAUUUCUCAAGAAAUUAAUGAAUGUGAAGAAAAAUCCGACCCAGUCGAUGAAAUUAAAGCUACUGAAUCUGAGAACAAAACUCACGCUUUAUCUUCCGGUAAGUCUGAAGAGGAAGAAAGAAUGAGUAACGUGUGUGAACAAAAAUUAGGUGUUGAAUCUCAGCAGAUGAACACUGACUUGGACAGUAGUAGUGAGCCAGCGGAAUCGAAAGCAAUAGAAUCGUCCGAUUCAGAUGCUGUGCAAAACACAUUCUUGAAUGACAGUGGAAUUGCAGAUGCGGAUUGUGGAUUGGGAACAAGCAAGACUAGUGAGUUUGACAACUCUCAAAAUCGAUCUGCCGAUGACAGUGGCCUAGUAUUUGAUUCCGACAAAGCUCAGUGUGACAUAAACAACAUGGUUGGAGAAACCUACUCUCCAAACGAUAUUCAAAAAAAUUUUACAGCUCAAUCCGAUCCAGUGGACGUAACCAAAGAAAAUUGUGAAAAAUUGGAGGAAAUCUGUGAUAAACGUAGUGCCGUGUACGAAGUAGUUGAUCAAGCAGAGGAAAAGCAGGUGAAAAUGAGUGGCAGUAACGAGGCAGCAGUUAUACCUGAGGGUAAUUCUACCAAAGACAACGGUGACAACGACGCUAUUAAAAUUUUGCUUCCUGACAUUUAUAAAGAUAAGUCAUCAAUCGAUGAAAAUUUUGAUGAAAAAGAAUCAUCAACAAAUGCUGCUGAGAAAACAGAUUAGCUUUUCUCUUUGUAAGCACACAUGUGUUCUAACUUACUGUAAAAGACUUGAGUUUUUAGAGUUUAAAAGUAAUAGCGUCUCUUUGAAUGAGUGAAAAAUCUAUUUUGCGCAUCGCGUACAGAGGUAAGUUUAUAAAAUAUAUUUGAAAUUUAAAAUUUAUAAUGCUGUUCCAUAGACAUUCAACGAUUUAACUGUGCAAUUUAAAGUUUAAUUGAUGCAGUAGAACAAAUAGAUUUUUCAUAGUUUCAUAGCAGCUGUAUGUAUAAGAUAAGUUUUGAUUGAAAAUAAGGUAAUGGAUGCAAAGAUGCAAUAACUAUGUAAUAUGCUAGGGGGCUAAAAGUGAAAAAUGUCUGUAUAUCUGCACAAUCAGUCAACCUUCCACCCGAAGCUACACUUUAAAUCGUGUCCGUGCCAGGAAAACUGGCAAAAAAAAAAACGAUUAUUCUCAUGUUCAUGGCAAUGUGCACAUUUGAGACAUUUUUUACGUCUUAACCCUAGCUGCGUGAGGUACUAACUAUUGUAUCCAUAAGAAAAUACACGAAGAUUCGUCAAUCUUUUCAACUUCUUACUCAUAUUCAUGUAUAUUAUAUUGAGGAGUCUGUAGUUGAGAUGACCUUGUUUUUAAGAAAAUUAAAGAAAAAAAAAGGAAUCGCGCAAAAUUCAAAGUUCGUGCAUAUGAAUGAAUUAACAUGUAGAUGUUUGCUAAACAGUGAUAAUCUAGCCAGAUAAAAGGAUUGUGAUAAAGAUGAUGAAAAAAAAAAAAAAUUUUUGUCGGAAAAUUAAAUUAGAUAGCCAUUGGCUAAAAAAUGAUGAUGGGCAACGAAGCAGGAGCACUUUUUUUCUACCGAUAGAUUUAAAAAAUAAAAGGCUGGUUUAUCUAUGUUUGGUGCGGAAAAGAACAGCCAUACUUCUAUAUUUUUUUAAUCGUAUAAGGUCUGAUUCGCUCCCAUCAGACGUCUUUUGUAUCGAUUUUUGCGAGUUGUGAGUUAUAAAAUGCGAUAACACCUCUUUCUUCUUCUCCUUUCUGGCUUAUUUCUCUUUUGCAUGUGUAGCUAAUCUUGACUGAUACAUAUUGAGCUCAGCUGUUUUCAGAUAUUAUUCUAUCAAUAGGUAAUGUUGUCUUGCAUGAGUGAAUCAAUUGAUGCCGUAAGUAAAAAAGCGAUCAUAUAGUGAUAAGUUACGUAUUCUUUACGUACUAUAAUAGUCAAUAUCGCUUUUUUCUUAAUUUAGUUUAUUGAUAAGUUUAUUCGAUUUAAUACACUAAUAUUUAUUAUCAAAAGUAUUUAUAUAAUUAUAAAAAAAGUGUCAUUUAUUUAAAAUUACAAAUUACGUGUUUCUUAAUGGCUUAUUUUGAUGCCACCGCUUUAUUAGCCAUUUUUUGAACAAAGUUAACUGACUCACUGACUUCUUGUCUACAUGACUUUAUUGUAAACUCAUAGAAAAAAGAAUAAUUGCCCAUGAAUUUGUUUCAAUCAAUAAUUGUUCAUUUUUUAAACAAGAUGAUUAUUCUUCCAUAAUUGAGUCUUUAAAAAAAAUAAUAAUAACGUACAGUUGCCACGGUUUUCUAGUAAUUUUAGUGCCAUUUGUUCAAAGAAAAAUUUAUCAAUCAAUUUAUUAAGCAGAAAAACAAAUUCUCCGUAGUACCAUGCUGAGGCUUAAUAUGCUUUAACCUUUGAUGCUUUGGCCGUUUUGCUUCUUUUUUUUUCUUUUUUUUUUCUUAUACAAUAAUGUACAUGGCAACAAAAAAACAAGUAUACUUGAUCUGCUUUUUAUAAAAAAAAAAUUUUUAGUAUUAUUUUUUACGUGAGUCGCAACAUUAAUGUAGUGACGUAAAGAGAACGAGAUUGAUUUUGGUGGAUGGCAAAUAAUAUUUUUAUACAUUCGUCACGCGAGGCACAUAAAAUUUAAUGCACGUAGCAUACUAUACUAUUUCUUAAAAAAUUGAAAAAAAAGAAGCUUAAUUUUCAAGCUAUUUUUAACGAAUUAAAUGCAUACAGUUUCAUAGCUUUAUUAAUCGCCAAGAAAUUUAGUUUUAGUCUGUAUGAAUUAGAUCCUAGAUGAUAAUGUAAGCUCGAUAAAUUUUUCUUUUACAAUUAAAAAAACUGUUUUUUAUUUGAUCGUUAUUUCGUAUAUUUUGUAGAAUAACUCAUUUAUUUAUUUUCAUUCAAUCGUAUCGUUUUUUUUUAUUUAUUAUAAACCAGUUA